AUGACGGCCGUGAAAGAGGAGUUAGAACGUUGUGUUAUGCAGGCCUAUGAAGAAUCAAAUCCAGCCCCCAAAAAACAACCACGGUGGCUAUACUUUGCUGUCCUCGGAGUCGUUCUCGCACUCCUGGUGGCAAACCUUGCGUUGAUCCGGUAUCCUGCCGUGGAGAUUCUCAGAAAUGGCGUUGUGGUCUUCUCCUGCCACUUCUGGGUUCACAUACCGAUCUGGAUAGCCUUGAUACAGCUGCUAGCACUCUCCAACGUAUUGCUGAGGACUGUAAGCAUGCGAACCGAGAAAAUCCUUUUACGCCAACCACCAAAUUCGACCGCCUCCCAAAACAAUGCUCGUGCUGCAUCCCAACCCUGGCCUCACAUUGUCAUCUUGAGACAUCAAAGUGAGGAGAUGUUACCGCAGGCCGUUCGAGCAAUAACUUCUAUCGCGAAUAUCGCUCUCUACGCUUACGCCACCGCCGUGCUAGGCGGUAUGACAAUGGUUCCAGCUUCAGAUGCCGUCAGGCUAAUGGUCAUGUUUGGUGCUAAUGCUGGAUUGGGCCGGAUCAUAGGCAGCUAUGCAAUCUUGCAGGACCACGAUUGGAAAACCACUGUAGUUGUGGAUGUUGCGCAUUGGCAGAUCGACGAGCUGCGAGACUAUGUUAAGGCGGAGAUACAAAUUGCGAUGUCUGGCUGCAGACAGUAA